UUCAUUUUAGGUUGUUAAACCCUUUUCCUAUAUAUAACUAACUAACUUCUCCGAUCCCAAACCCUAGAAACACCCAAACGACGUCGUCGUCUGAGCUUAUCCACUGAGGGAGCCAUGAACCCCUCCACCCUCAUCUCCCCUUCCUCCGCCACGCCGCAGCGUUCGAUUAUCCAGUCGCAGUUCCUCAACCCCAUCCCUCUCCGCUCCACCGCCGCCUCCGCCACCGCCCCGCGGCGCCGUUUUAGAGUCUCGUUCCCUCGCAAUUCCGCCUCCCAGUCCGACGGCGCCGCGUCAGCGCCGUCGCCGGCGGAGGAGGUGUUCGGUGGGAAGAGGGAGCUCACCGGGGUGCAGCCGCUUGUGGAGAAGCUAUCACCGCCGCUGAGAUUGGUGACGUCGGUGAUUGUGUUCGCCGGAGCGGUGGCGGCGGGUUACGGGAUCGGGCUUCGGGUCGGGAAGACGCAGAACACCGCUUUGGGUGGUGCUGUGGUGUUCGGAGCUGCCGGGGGAGCCGCCGUGUAUGCCCUAAACGCCAGCGCUCCGGCCGUCGCCGCCGUCGACUUGCAUAACUACGUGGCGGGCCGGGAUGAUCCCAGGCUUGUGAAGAAGGAGGAGAUUGAAGGCAUUGCGAAGAAGUAUGGUGUGAGCAAGACUGAUGAGGCGUUCAAUGCUGAGCUAUGUGAUUUGUACUGCCGGUUUGUCACGUCUGUGAUACCUCCAGGGAGUGAAGAGCUUAAAGGGGAUGAAGUUGAAACGAUAGUGAACUUCAAGAAUGCUCUCGGCAUUGAUGACCCCGAAGCAGCUUCAAUGCACAUGGAGAUUGGUAGACGAAUUUACAGGCAGAGGCUUGAGACUGGGGACCGGGAGGGUGAUUUUGAGCAGCGUCGGGCAUUUCAGAAGUUGAUCUAUGUUUCAACACUUGUGUUCGGAGAUGCUUCAUCUUUUCUCUUGCCUUGGAAACGAGUGCUCAGCGUCAGUGAUUCUCAGGUGGAGAUUGCUAUUCGUGAUAAUGCACAGCGGUUAUAUGCUUCCAAGCUAAAAUCUGUUGGCAGAGAUAUUGAUGCAGAGCUACUUGUUAGGCUUAGGGAAGCACAACUCAUGUAUCGUCUUUCUGAUGAGAAUGCUGCAGACUUGUUCAAAGAGCACACAAGAAAAUUAGCUGAAGAAAAUAUCUCUUCAGCACUCAGUAUACUCAAGUCCAGAGCAAGAACAGUUGGGGGAGUCACAAAAGUUGUGGAAGAGCUUGAUAAGGUUCUGGCACUCAAUAAUUUGCUCAUCUCACUAAAGAAUCAGCCAGAUGCUGUUCGCUUUGCACCUGGGGUUGGGCCAAUUUCCUUACUUGGGAGUGAAUAUGAUAGAAAGAUGGACGACUUGAAGCUCCUUUAUCGAGCAUAUGUCACUGAUUCUUUAUCAGGGGGUCGCUUGGAGGAGAAUAAGCUCUCUGCAUUGAAUCAGCUUAAGAAUAUAUUUGGGUUAGGAAACCGAGAAUCAGAAGCCAUUGUGCUGGAAGUUACUUCAAAGGUUUACCGAAAACGCCUUUCAGAGGCUGUUACUGGGGGCGACUUAGAAGCAGCAGAUAGCAAAGCAGCCUUCCUUCAAAGUAUUUGUGAGGAGCUGCACUUUGAUCCACAAAAGGCCAGUGCCAUUCAUGAAGAAAUUUACCGGCAGAAGCUUCAGCUGUGUGUUGCUGAUGGAGAGAUUAAUGAGGAGGAUGUUGCUGCCUUGUUAAGGCUGCGUGUCUUGCUAUGUAUACCUCAGCAAACUAUUGAAGCUGCCCAAUUAGAGAUUUGUGGCAGUUUGUUUGAAAAGGUUGUCAAGGAUGCAAUUGCAUCUGGUGUUGAUGGAUAUGAUGCUGAUGUGAAGUUAGCUGUCAGAAAGGCAGCCCACGGCUUGCGAUUGAGUAGGGAGGCAGCCAUGUCUAUUGCAAGCAAGGCUGUCCGAAAGAUUUUUAUUAACUAUGUAAAACGAGCACGGUCAGCUGGAAACCGUACCGAGACUGCAAAAGAACUUAAAAAGCUGAUAGCUUUCAACACUUUGGUUGUGACUGAAUUAGUUGCAGACAUAAAAGGGGAAUCAUCCGAUACAUUGACAGAUGAGCCAACAAAAGUGGAAGAAGAAAAAGUAGAAGAAAAGGUCCCGGAGGAUGAUGAAUGGGAAUCUAUACAGACACUUCGAAAAAUAAGACCUGACAAGGAACUUGCAGCAAAGUUGGGGAAGCCUGGUCAGACUGAGAUUACUCUGAAAGAUGACCUGGAGGAAAGAGAGAGGAAGGACCUGUACAAAACAUACUUGCUCUUUUGUAUUACUGGAGAAGUGAAAAAGAUUCCGUUUGGUGCUCAGAUUACUACAAAGAAGGAUGAUUCAGAGUAUCUGCUAUUAAAUCAGCUUGGGACAAUCUUGGGUUUGAGCUCUACAGAGGUAGUAGAAGUACACAGGAGCCUGGCCGAGCAAGCUUUUAGGCAACAAGCAGAGGUGAUCUUAGCGGACGGGCAAUUGACAAAGGCAAGGUUAGAGCAACUUGAAGAGUUGCAGAAGCAAGUAGGGUUGCCUCCACAAUAUGUCCAAAAGAUAAUAAAGAGUAUAACAACUACGAAAAUGGCAUCUGCUAUUGAAACAGCAAUUGGCCAGGGGAGGCUCAAUAUUCAGCAGAUAAGAGAACUAAAACAAUCAAGUGUUGAUUUAGAAAACAUGAUUUCUGAGACCUUGAGAGAGAGCCUGUUCAAAAAAACUGUUGAUGAGAUAUUUUCGUCAGGCACUGGAGAGUUUGAUGAGGAGGAAGUCUAUGAGAAAAUCCCAGCAGAUCUCCACAUUAAUGUUAAGAAGGCAAGAGUUGUUGUUUUGGAGCUUGCAAAGAGCAGAUUAUCUAAUUCAUUGAUUCAGGCUGUUUCACUUUUGCGGCAGAGAAAUCAUCGAGGAGUGGUUUCAUCUCUUAAUGACAUGUUGGCUUGUGACAAAGCGGUGCCUGCCAAGCCACUUUCAUGGGAUGUUCCAGAGGAGCUGGCCGAUCUGUUUGCCAUAUACCUGAGGAAUGACCCAGCACCUGAGAAAUCGUCACGCUUGCAGUACCUGCUGGGCAUUGAUGAUUCCAUGGCAGAUUCCCUUAUUGGAGACGACAGAUUGUCACCUGCUGGUGCAGAGGAAAAGUUUGUAUUCUGAAUGUCAAUCUAGGCGCACACACAUGGGAAUAGGCCUUUGAUUGGCUCAUUUUUGUCCACAACCUUGUUUCUUUAGGAAAAGUUUAUACUGUGGUCAGUGUAGUCAAGUUGUGAAAUCAAAACCAGAAACUUUUAUAUCCGGUUUAGGUGAAAAAAUAAGAUUUGUUGUAUUUUAAAUUGAUAUCUUGUCAUGGGAAGAAAUUUAUCGGCUUAGCAGGAAGGACUGAUAUCAGAGUUUCACAGAAGCUCAUUUCUGGUUUUAAGUCAUGUCUACUAAGCGGUUAGAAGAUUGGUUUUGUUUAUGCACAAGUGAAGUGAAAGUUAAGUUUAUAAAGUCAUAAUUGAAGUUGAUAUU